GGGUCUUUUCCCCUCAAUCAUUAUAUUUUUCGGUAGUUGCGCGGCGCACAGCAUGACGCGUAAAAAAAUUGACGGUUACUUCUGAGGGGAUACAAGCUGGAAGUUUGACGAAGGAAGGGGGAGAUGGGCAGGUGGCCCAGUUCGGGGUUUAAUUCUUCCGGACGGUGCCUGCUAAAUCAGCUCCCGCUUCUCCCUACGCUGCUCGGAGGAGAGAGACUGGGCCGCUUCUCUGGCAGGCCUGCUCCGCUUUGCCUUUUCUACCGCGGAAGAGCACACAGAAGAAAAGCUGGCUGAGUGGUUUAUGCGACACAGAUCUUUCAAGAAGAAGAAAAAUUGACUGAGUGAUUUAUGUGACACGGUUUUUUCAAGAAAUCUUCAUUAUUUAAGACAAUGGAAGUGCUUCCAGAACUCUAUGAUAUCUUUCAAGGAGAGGUCGCUGCUGUGACAGAAUAUGGAGCUUUUAUAAAGAUUCCAGGAAGCCGGAAACAAGGUCUUGUACACAAAAGCCAUAUGUCAAGCUGCCGGAUAGACAAACCUUCAGAAAUGGUGGAUGUUGGAGAAAAAGUAUGGGUGAAACUUAUAGGAAAAGAGAAGAAAGAUGACAAACUGAAGCUGUCUCUUUCCAUGAAAGUUGUUAACCAAGGAACUGGAAAGGACCUGGAUCCCAAUAAUGUUGCCCUCGAUCAAGAUGCACGGAAAAAACGCUCAUUCAAAGACUUCAGCAGCCAAAAGAUCACUCUUGAAGCUGUUUUGAACACAGUUUGUAAAAAGUGUGGUUGCCCAGGUCAUUUUGCUAAAGAGUGCUUCGUGCAGCCAGGAGGCAUCAAGUAUGCUCUUAUACCGGAGGAGGAAGAAGACAUCCCUCCAGAAAAAGAAAAGAAAGCACAUGAGUCUGAGCAUUCUGCAAAGAAGAGAAAAAAAGAAAAGAAGAAGAAAAGGAAACACAAAAGUAAAAUCCCUUCUGAAUCGGAUAAUUCCGACAGCUGUAAUUCAGACAUCGGCGGUGAUCAGCCUUCCAGGAAGAAGGCAAAACAUGCUGAAAAGGCGAGUGCAUCUCAGAAGAAGAAGAAAAAGAAGCACCAUAAGAAAAAACACAAAGAAUGAGGAGCAGAUGCUAAGCCACAGGCCGUGCUGAUACAACAUGCCUCCUAACCCCCUCCUUUCCUUUUGGCUUCCCAGAGUCAUCAGUCAGAGAAAAGAACAGCUGAGACAGUGCCUCUUGCUUUAAGGCAAAAGGAUUUUCCUUCUCUGAAUAGCAGCAUUGUUUCCUACAGCAUUUCACAGGACCUGUCACUUUUUUUUUUGUUUCUUCCACAAAGAGGGAAAGGGGGAGCCAGCUGCCAUUUGGGCGUUCCUCGGCCCAGAUGUUGUGCUUGUUCUUCUGGCACUUGUCUUAUUCUGUAAUUAUUUUUUCCCCCAGGCAACAUGCCAGGGCUGCAGCCAGCCCUUGGGGAACAACCCCUGAGCCACCUACGAGAAGCAUGUAAGGCAAGCAGUGCAGCUUCUUUAGAUGGGAUGACAGCUGGGUGUUGAUUCAGCAUCUCCCAGCCAUUCCACAUGCCAUUAGAAGGAUAAGUGUACGCAGACUCUGAGCUGACAGUCUAGCUGUGGCCUGAUUGGUGCAGAACAAUCACUCCACUGCAUUUGCUGUGAUCCUAUUUGUCAGCAGUACUGAAGGGAGGGAAAAUCCAUCAACCUACAUAUGUAGAGGCAGUUUUUUCAAAGAAAAAACAUUAAAUGUGGUUAUUGCUAAAAAUAUAAGUUAUGAAAUAAAAUUGAUUUUGUUUUGGGCUCA